AAGAUAAUUUUUUUUGGGGGGUGGGGGGGGGGCAAUAAAUAUGAUCACUCGUAAUAUAUUGUCAUAUGGAUUUUUCCUCUCCUCCUAAUUCAAAUAAAAAUUCUAGGAGGGAGAAUUGUGUCAAAAGUCAAAACAAAGUUGUGGAUUUUGCAGGCCGGGCCGUAGGGACACGGACCGGGGGAUGCUAAAAGUUUGUCUAGUACUCCGUAGUAGCAGAUAAGAGUAGAAGAAGCACAAUACUCAUUUUCCGAUAUGGCUGAAACUAAAGGGUUUGGGACUACAAACGUGCUAGUGAUCUCGAAAUUGGGAGCUGUAUUAGGGGCUGACUCUCGCAUAACAAGCUAUGAGAACGAAAUUCUCUCAGAAACUUCCAAAUGUGGAGUACUAUAUUCUGAUGGAGUUGGAUCAACCCAUGCACUUUGGUCAUGGGCAGGGGACCAAGUGGAAGCUGUGCAGUUUAUUGAAAAUUUGGAGCAAGCAGUUGCAAUAAUGAGCAACAAUAACAAAAUUCGGGCAACUAUAGAGACUACGGCGGCCACCGAGUUGAACAAGACCUAUUUCAAACAAGGUGUUCAGUCUUUCAUACUCACAUUUGAGUCUAAGACGUUGGUUGCCUAUCGAUGCUACGUGUAUUUCGACCAUCUCUCCGGAUGUCCAUCAAUUCAUGGUCGCAAGUGUCGUUGCAAGCCCAAAAGAACAUCGGGAAUGAAGAAGUUAAUUCCAGGUGUCUACACAUUGGGGAGUGGUUCUGACGAUGCCAUCGAGCACCUUGCCACCUCAUUCAAAACCAACCUAGAUUCCAUUCAACCAGACGAAGAGGUUGGGUGGAUGCUUGAGGGCUUUAAUAUUAGUGAAGGGCUGGAUAGCGUGCAAAGAUAGGUCUUCUUAAGCUUGCAAGAAGCCGCACUUCAUGAUCCAUAUAGUGGUACUCCUUUUAAAGUCUUUGCUAUUCAUGCCAAUGGAGAUCUCUCUAUUAAGAAUAGAAGCUUCAUUACCCUUCAUUUUCAAUCGGAUGAGAUCAACACCGAGAACAAAGCUCUGUACUUGAUUUAUUCUUGGAGGCUUGUGUCUAAGGAUCACGGUGGCAGCGUCGUAAGAGGAUUGUUUGAUAUGCUGGGGUUCAAGCACAAGGAACCAUUCAAAUGGGGUCAUCCCAUAGCAUGGUUGGUGGGGGAGCAGUGUUUGCAUAGAGUUGUAGUUUGUAGUAGAGUACUUUUGGAGCAGGUGAUGAAGAUUCCGGUCUUACAAAAGCCGAAACAUGUUCCUAACUUUGCAAGACGCAAAAUCAAAGAUAUGCGAUGUUUCCUUUGGAAAGGGGAGGAAAUAUAUGUUGUUCCGGCCACCAAAGAAGUCCUUGGAAAAUUUGAAGAGGAGGACAUUUUGGGCGUCAAAGGCUUUAAAGGAAAGAGAAGUUUGCAACUGAUUUGAUGAGACUAUAAAAUCUUUGUGACCUUGUUAUGUGAUUUGUUAGCAUUUCUCUGUAUUUAGACUAUGUGUAGUUCAGUAUCUUCCAAAGUCCCUUUAGACAUGACCAUCUGUAGUGCAGUGUUAUGCAUCUGAACUUACAUACCUGCAAUCUAUAUAUGUUUGGUUUUUGGCGAUUGUUUUUGCUGCAAGAGGAUUUCGGCACCAACAUUUACAAGUUCGUGAAAUUAGAUAUACCAAUUAUGG